AUGCCUCCGGGCCGCCCCGCCGCUGUCGCUGUCGACGCGAACUCGUCCUCGACCUGGGACCGGAUAUCGUCGUGGGUGUCGGAGAACAAGGCCGUGGUCUAUACCAUUGCGGGCGUGGCUGUUGUCGUCACCGGCGCGGGCGUCGUCUACUAUCUGAAUUCCGAUUCGAAGUCCGAUGCGUCACCAAAGCUCAGCAAGAAGGAGAGGAGGAAGCGCAAAGAGGCCGAGCGCAAAGCCGCCGACUCCAAAGCUUCUCAGCCCAAAGGCGCCACCGUCGAGCCCGAAUCCGAGCUGCCAGAAAUCGACGAGGCCACCGUUCUACAGCUGAGCCCCGAGGUGCGAGAACAGUAUGCCGCUCGGCUGAAGCAGGCCGGUAACAAGGCCUACGGUGAUAAGGCAUACAACAAGGCCAUCGACCUCUACUCCCAGGCCAUUCUGUGCAAGCCAGAUGCCGUCUUCUACUCCAACAGAGCUGCCUGCUACAGCGCCAUGAGCGAGUGGGAAAAGGUCGUCGAAGAUACCACAGCCGCCAUCAGCAUGGACCCCGAUUACAUUAAGGCUAUUAACCGCCGUGCUACUGCCUACGAGCACCUAAAGAUGUACUCCGAGGCCCUUCUCGACUUCACAGCCUCUUGCAUCAUCGACAACUUCAAGAGCGAAUCAACUGCCCAGGCAGUUGAGAGACUGCUCAAGGUCUUCGCCGAGCACAAGGCCAAAGAAGUCAUGGCAUCCAGACCCGCCAAGCUUCCUAGCCCCAUCUUCGUCGGCAACUACCUGCAGAGCUUCCGCCAGAAGCCCCGCCCUGCGGCUCUUGACGACUCAAUCGAGCUCUCUCUGGAUACCGGUCUGGGACAGCUGCAGCUCGGUUUCCAGGGGCUCGAGCAGAAGACGGCCGAGGGAUACGAGGAGGCCAGACAGGCGUUCGAGAAGGCCAUAGAGCUGGGCGAUCUCGGCGAGCACGAGGCUCUCGCUUACAACUUGCGGGGUACUAUUCGAACCCUUCUUGGUAACCACGCCGCGGCAACGGAGGAUUUCGACCGCAGUAUCGAACUCGACCCAAAGAUGACCCAGAGCUAUAUCAAGCGAGCUAGCAUCAGUUUGGAGCUGGGCGAGCCUGACAAGGCCGACGCCGAGUUUGACAAGGCCCUCGAGCAGGAUAACGACGACCCCGAUGUCUAUUACCACCGCGCCCAGGCUCACUUCAUCAAGGGCGACCUCGCAAGCGCACAGAAGGACUACCAGAAGUCGAUUGACCUGGACAAGGACUUCAUCUUCUCCCACAUCCAGCUGGGUGUUACCCAGUACAAGAUGGGCUCCAUCGCGUCGUCCAUGGCCACCUUCCGACGAUGCAUCAAGAACUUCCCCAAGGUCCCCGACGUUUACAACUACUACGGCGAGCUGUUGCUAGACCAGGGUAACUACCCCGAGGCCAUUGAGAAGUUUGAUACCGCCAUGGAGAUGGAGAAGCAGUCGAAGCCCAUGUCCAUGAACGUUCUGCCCCUGAUUAACAAAGCUCUCGCCCUAUUUCAGUCAUCGUCUGACUUUAAAGAGGCAGAGAAGCUUUGCCAAAAGGCUCUGAUUAUUGAUCCUGAGUGUGAUAUUGCUGUAGCCACCAUGGCUCAGCUUCUUCUUCAGCAGAACAAGGUCACCGAGGCGCUCAAGUACUUUGAGCGUGCGGCAGAGCUCGCCCGAACCGAGGGCGAAAUUGUCAACGCCUUGUCCUACGCGGAGGCUACGCGCACCCAAGUCAAGGUCACGGAGAAGUACCCCAAGUUGGCGGAGAAGCUCGCAGGCGGCCCAGGCGGCCCUGGUGGACUGCGCAUGCCUUAGUUUGAUGCUGCAUGAACGGGGCUGCAGAUUCAAAGGACGGAAUAAAAAUAUGAAAAGAAGAAUUAAGAAUAAGAGUGAGGAGAGGACGGUCCUCAGAAAUGCACAUAUACACACAUACCACUUAUGAACUCAGUGUGUGGGCUUGUAACACUUACACAUAUGCCACAAAAACCAUUAUACGCUGCCGAAGAUCGGAGAGUUGAGAAAAACUUUUUGGAGUUUUGUAUUUUCUUCGGACAUGUUUCCCCCUUUUCUCGAUCCGGUGGCGCAAACCGAACAGCAAAUAUCUAACAUCGACAUUCAGGGGGAUUGAUUACGUCUCAUGAUUAGGUGUAUGCUGUGUUUAGGGAUGGGGACGGAAUACGGUUAACGAGGAAAAAAUGAAAGGAGUGAUGCGAUGGAGAGGUGUAAGAGAAAAGGGGGGGGUUUUCACUGAAUGGCAGAAAAAAAAACCGUGGCGUUGAUAAUGCAGAAAUGAAAAACCCUCUUCUGUAUAUUUCUACUAUAAUGACAUCUCACGUCUCCUGACUUGUAAUGGUGUCACAAAGUAUUUUUGAUACUUUUUUUUCCAUUCGUUAUUUUGUAUUUUACUGUAUUGUAUGAUUACCAUUCUUUUUACCCAUUCGAAGGAGCUGUAUGACAAAGGGAACCGGAAAAAGAUGUAUGCUUAAAAACUAAAAAGGAUGUAUCAUUGGAUGGUUGGGAUGUGUUACUUUGGCUCGGGAAAACAAUAAGACAAACAAAACUCCUCUCACAACGCAAAUUAUCCUCACAAUUUAUCCGCUUCAUUAAAAAAAAAAAGGUAUAAAAAAGGGUCCUAUCCUAUGUUCAUCCGUCGCAAUCACAUGGACUCCCCUCUUUGCUUCCCAUCCGAUCCGAUCCCAUUCUACCAGAGUAGUUUCAUCGACACAUCCGAGAGUUCAUGGCAUUAAAUAUCAUCAGCAACACCACCAAAAAUUUCAAUAUCUGUGCUCCCCUUUUUAUCCUUUCGUCACCACGAGUUGUAUCAUUCUUCCUCCCCUUUCUCAUCUCCUCUCUGCUCCCGCUGCAAUCAACGCUACUCUUCCUCCCCUCGCCCCCCGUGUAGCGUCUCAAAAGUAAGAAUUAAGAUUGUACAAAUAGUCGUUUCGCUGUGAAGAAGCACGUAGAAGCUCCUCCUCAUGCGGUUGGAUACAUAGUUCAUAGUCUAUGAGAGAAUAAAAAAAAUAUUACGCCUCGAGAGCCCUGGAAGUAAUAAGAGGCCCUUUCCCGUAGUUUAGAAGUCAGAAGUAAUAAAAAAAAGAAAAUUUGCAGAUCGUUCAUAUAAAGGAAAUUCGCAGUGUUUUGUUUCGGCGAGACAAAGCCGAUCAGUGUUUGUUCGUCAAGGCAACACCCAGACCCACGCCCAGAGCAAUGGCGAGACAGAUAAGGAAGACGAUGAGAGCGCACCACCACUUGAGACGACGAGUGCGGCGGGCGUGCUGGAUACCUUGGCUGACUUGCUCGUUAC